UCGAGUGGGCGUUGCUAGGCAACCAACCGGCGGUUGCCGUGGUAACCUAACAAGGCCGGUGCAUGGGCGGGAGCGGCUGCAGGGAAGCGGGCGGCCGCUCUCUGCACCGGGUUCCCGGCGGUGAACCGCCCGCUCCAGCCGCUGGCGUCGGCAGCUCCUCUUCGCUCCCUGGCUGUUUCUGUGAGAAGGUCCCCAACCUGUUGGAAGAAACAUGGCUUCCGAAGCACAGCCUCCGACAACGCAGUCAGCAGAGACAGAAAGCUCACAGAAAGCCUUGAUAUCACAGACAAGCUUGCCACAAGCGGAGAAACAAGCAGAAAAGACAGAAAUGCCCAAAAUCCCAGCAUGUAAACAACGGCUGAAAGAGAGGUGCAACCCCUUCAAGAUGCCUCGCGAUUGUGACAUCUUUGCCCUUCGAGAUAUCGAGAGAGAAGAGAAGAGAAAGGAACAAGAGGAACAAAAGAAACUCAAGAUUUAUGAGAAGGUCACGUACACAGCUCGUGUGAAUGCUAAACACGGCAAAGCACAAAAGGUGGAAGAAGAGCCAGAGGUCGAUCCAGAGGCAGAACACCAAGCCAAUGUGAAAAAACUCUCCGCUCUCAAAAGUGACCCAUCAUGGAAGGUUAAAGUCACGAGAGAUCGUCACCUUGAGAAAGAAACAUUAAACGACUACAUCAACAAGAAGCGGGAGAUGUUUACCCUUCAGUACUCGCUGACCAUGAAGAAGGACGAGAUAAGGAAGCUGGAAGAAGCAGCAGCCGCCGAGGAGCUGAAGUUGCAGAUGGCUGAGCGAUAUCUAGAGGAGGACGCAGCCAUGUUCGACGAGUUCCUGAAGGAAAACGACAAGAAUUCUGUGCAGGCAAUGCAAAUAGCAGAGAAGGAGACUAAACUGAAGCUGGAAAAGGUGUCAGAGAUGAAGAAGCUGACGACGCAAAUGAUGGCUGUGAAAAAUGAUAUUGUCAAGUUUGAAGAGACGUUGAAGGAUUACCGGAUGUACAGGGACUUCCUGAUGAAGCUGUCUCCGAAGGAGUGGAGGGAAGAGAAGGAGAGGCAGAGGAAGGAAAUAAAGUUGGCAAAAGUCAGUUCGAGAGAAGCAGCCAGAAAACCACCUCCACCCGUCAUCAGUCGACAGGGCAGUAAGAUCGGCGUACAGUCUGUGGCAGUGAUGCGGUCAGUGCCGCCGGGUUCCAAGACCGCUUCUGACUGGAGGAAGACCAGUGCUGUUUCCAUCAAGUCGAAGUCUGAGGAACAUGAUUGGUCAGAUAGCGAUGAGGAGCCGGAACUUUACUUCACGGACCCGAAGCAGCUGCUGGCCAUCUACACCGAGCUGGAGGAGCAGAACCUGUCGCUCAUCCUCAACUCCCAGGAGACCGAGGAGGCCGUGGAAGAGAUCAAACAGGCCAUGGUGAACGCACAGCAGAAAAUGAACUGCGAGACAGACUUCCUGAAGCAGCAGCUGAACCUACUGAACGAGGCUGUGGCCAAGGAGGAGAGCAGGGCAGCCGAGCUGGAACUCAAGGCCAAGAUGUUCUCAUUCAGCCAGAGUACGAUUGAAGACCAGGAUAAAAUGCUGGAGGCUCUCGAUCAAAAGGUGAUGGAGGUUUACCGGUCCUGCAUUGGAGACAACGAGGCGAACAUGACCACACUGCAGAUGCUGACCAGCAUCGAGAACUACCUGGAGGACCUGUUCGAAAACCUGGAGAAGCUGCCUCGGGAGAAGGUGGAACUGGCCGAGAAGAACAAGGAGAAGGAGAGGAGGAUGAGGCUGAGAGAGGAGAAACUGAGGGAAGAGAAGCUUCAUCAAGAGGAGCGAAUCCAUCGAGCGAUGAUGAGGUCACAGGCCGAGCACCAGAAGAAGAUGGGUCGGAAGCUGGUGUAUCGAUCGGAGCCACCCUUGAUGAAGGAACUUAAAAAACAAGUGCAAGACACCACAGACCAGCAGGCGGAGGAGGACGAGUAUUACUUCAGUUUUUAAAUGGCUCAGGCUGUGAGGGAAGAUGCACUCAUGCCUCAGCACGGAAUACCCUGCCUACUGAAAUAAGCAGCUCAGACAGGCCAGUGAGGACAUUUUCUCUUGCAAAGCAUCAACUCGUUUCCGUCCAGGACACACCAGCUGUGCAGUUUAUCCAGUGGUGUGCACAGAGGACCUUCCCAGCAGGAUUAGUUGGCCUGUUACUGUACAUCUGAAAGUUUGUGUUCCCCACCAUCACGAUAGUUAUUAAAAAUAAACU